UGUUCAUAAGAUUUCAAUUUAAGUACUGUCAUUCAGAUUAACAACUAUCGGCCUUUAGACGAGUUUAGAAUUUUAAUUUGUUGUUUGGCAUUCCAGAGCAGAGAACGGUUUCGUAUUUACGUUUAUUUUGUGAAAUUCGGAUUUGAGGAGAUUCUUGAAAAUCGGUGACAUUCUUUAGUGAUUGUGUAUUUUUCCAAGUUUUGUUUAAAGGACAAUGAGGAGACUGAGAAUACUGUAGAGGGCGAAAAAAUAGGCACUACUUUUACCAUAGGCGUUUAAUCAAAAACUAUCAUUUGUGGAGUUGUUUGAUCGGUUGGUACUUGAAAGAGAUGAUUUAUGGAUGUGGCUAUCUCACACUCGAUCGUCGAUAGAAAGGAUACAGCAAAAGCAUAGUGUGGCAGAAGCUUGGAUGGUCGACCGAGAUGCAGUCACUCAGCCGAGACGAACAUUUGUAGCCGAUAGUCAACCGCCGAGCCUUCGAGACUCCGGAGAGAAAGGAUCUGAUGAUGGCCAAGGUGAGGAGGAGCGUGGCACUUACGGUCGUGAUCUUGACCGCCGUGUCUCUUCAGUGGGUCAACGGUCUCAAGGUCGUCGUGGCAGAGAGAUCACUCAACCUUACAACGUACGAUAACGAGCUCAUUCACACCAAUGAAGUACCUCACUGGAACGAAACUCAGGAAGAUGAUGCCAUCGAAAAUUACGAGGAUCAACUGGACCAAUUUCCAGACAAGCCAAAUAAGUUUGAUUUUGACGUCACGCAAUUUACUCAGACAGACGAUAAAAAUCUUCACGGCAUCGAAUCUGAAAGACUGGCAAAUUCUUCAAGUUUGGAAGAAAAAAAUCAAACUAGGAACUCUGUGGAAUGUGCAAAUGGUUCCAACAUGUCUUGUAUUCAAGCUAAUUUUGAACAUUUUAUUGAUAAUAUUUCCAAACUUGAUGAGUACAAUGUGACAGAUUUGGUGCAAAUUGUGAAGAGUGACAAUCCGACGAAUAUUGAGGAUGGUUCUGGGGAUAAGAAUGAAUUUUCAUUGGUAGAAAAAGUUCAUCGUUUUGCCCGAAACCACGUUCUAAAAAUACGCGUUCCGACAGAUCUUAUCUCGUCGAGAAAGUCGAGGAUGUUCUUUGGAUCUGGUUUUGAGGGAAAGAGUUCGUUUUUAACAGGCUUCGGACUUGGUUUUUUAGCAUUCGGUCUGAAGAAAUUGCUGCUGCCGUUGAUUCUUGGGGCCCAGAUAGUCAAGAGUAUUCUUAUAGCUCUUUUCUUACCCAGCAUCAUUGGAAGCAUCGGUAAAAUUGUUGGCAAAGGAGUUUCGUCCUUUGCACAAUCAUCACAAAGUGCCACUGCACAGCCAGAGGAGAAUUUCGAGUUUAAGGAAAAUUACGAUGCCUUUGGAGACGAUUAUAUGAAUCGACAACCUGUUGGAACACUUCCAGCAUCUGCCAUGUACGAAGAUGGAAUGUUGCAGGUUCAAAAAAAUCCCGAAAUUGCAUCACGGUAUUCAUUUGUUGACCCAAGAAUUCCACAUGUGAAUACUUUUUCGGAUCGUUAUUAUACUAGGCACAUUGCAAAUAAUGGUCUCUCAACGAAAAAGCAAGAUUUUAAGAUUUUCCACGAGAUUCCGACGAGCUCGAUGAUGCUAACAAAUUACGAUCCAUUUUACUCACCACUGUUAUCUCGACUGGAUGCAGUGUUUUCUCGAUUGGGUCACAUGACAGAGGGAUGUCGAGAAUUUGCAGUCUGCGCCAUGUAUAGAAGUCCUGCUCGAUAUGCUCCUUACUCGAACCUAGUCUCUGCUCAAUUAUCAAGGGAAUUGAAUGAGCUUCGAAAACCCAGUUCAGAUAAUCCCGAUGUUCUCCGAUUCUUCCGAUACAUGAAAGCUGCAAAAGAUGGUCAAGAUGGUGUCAGAUGUGAGGAAAUUUAUGCUAAUUGCGAAGUUUCUCGUGAUGAUAGCUCCAGGCAAAAUCAAGCCAUGCUCGCAACUUAUCAGGAUAUCGAUAAGUUAGUGCACGCAAGAAAACUUUAAACAGUUUCUUAAUUUCAUAAGUGAAAUUGAAAAAUACUAAGAAUUGACAAAACUAUUUAAAGAGUGGGCAAGAGUGUUAAUUUGACUCUACUAGAGAACAAAGUUAAGUGAAUUUUCGACCUGAUAAACAAAACUUUGUGUGAAACAUUUGACAGGGACGAAAAUUACAACAGGGCAUAGUGUUAAAGAGAAAAGAAAUUUUCUCCAUUGUUAAUAACAAAUUAUUGUGAAUAUUUAGAUUUAAGCUCCAUCCAAUCAUGAAAAGCGAUCUUAUUUAUGAACUCAUUUUGCUAAUGCUACUCAUAACAUUGAGUGUAGGGUGUAGAGCACCUUAAUACUUUUUAAGCUAGAUUAAGAUCCUCAAAGAGUGCGCUGCAUGAUGAAGAUUUAUUUUUAAUUGAUUGAGUCUAGAAUAAUUAUUUAUUGCUUUACCUUUAAAUGAAGACAUUAAAAAUAGAUUUCUAGUGUAAAUGUCUAGUGUGUGCUUGAAGUUCACCUUUCGUAUACUAAUUUAUUUUUGUUUUAAAAAUGGGUGAAGUGUUUUUGUAUACAUUUUAUUUAUUUGUGUGUUUUGUUUUACUGUAUGAUUUGAUGUCUACAUUGUAGGUUUUAAUGAACCUCCUCUUUUAUGAAUUUAGCAAUGGUUUUAUAUAAUUGUGACUGGAUCAUUGAAUAUCUACAUCACUGAUACUGACAAUGAUCAUUUGUAAUGUUCCGGAAGAAAAGGGCCAAAUUUGUUGGGAUGAUUAAAGUAUAGGCACAAAUAUCUGGAUAAUUUUCCUACAUUUUGAGCCCAGAACAAACCUUCCACGUUGAAAACGAGUCACUAGGGCACUUUUCAUUUUGGAACUUCGAAAACCAGCUUAUCAAGAAAAAUGCGUGUGAGAUUGAUGAGUGCCAUAAGCGCACCAAUAUUAUAUUUAACCACUUUCGGCCAAAUCCAAGCCAUAAGUAUAAUGUUAAUAAAAACCGAUGUUUUCAACCUUCGUUCAUAAAAGAGCAAAUAUCUACUACACUACGAUCAACAAAAUUUGCCCUUUUGUUGCUGAACGUCACAUUUGAUUAAAAAUGGCAAUUAUAAAAAGGUAGAAUCACACUUUAAAUGCUGAAUGUGCUUUCUGUGCAUUUGUGAAAAUGUUACUAUAUAUAUGUUAGAAUUACAAUUCUUUGAAACUAUUGAAGGAAAUAACAUGAAUAUGAAGUCAAUAAAUUUUAGUGCUUUCUGAUCGCAGUGAAUCAUUUUGAUUAUAAGGAAGUUGUCAGGAAAUUAAGAACAGCAUUGAUUAUGAACCAGAAGUCUUUCGUGUGGGGUUUCCCAGAUUUUAUUAUUCGGAAGAAAAGCUUUCUCUUCAAUAUAAAUAUUAUAUAACUCCAAUGAGUAAGCGUUCCAAGGAAUGGGUUUCACCAUAUUUAUUUGGGAUGCUUCAUGAAAUUAAAUUAGUCUUCACAAUUGCUUUUUAUUCUCAUAAAGAUUGAUGCCUUAUACCUGGAAAAUAUUUCUGACAAUUAUAUUACUUCUGGAACGCUUAAAGCAAUAUCAUAGAGACUCUCAGCAUCCAACUUAUGUUGGAGUGACACCUAUUAUAUAUAUCUUUAUAUUACGUAUUCGAAAUAUGUUUAUGAAAUAUUAAGAUGAAGACAAAGAUACAGGAGAAGGUAAAGAGAAAAUCGAAUUAGCGAUACGAUGACGCACGUUGGAG